AUGGGGAAGAACAUGAUAGGUGCAGAGACAGAAUUAUGCACAAUGGCGCAGUUUAUGUUUCGUGGGAAGCUAUUCUUUUACAACUCAAAAUUUGGUUGUGUAUCAAUGCAUCUUCAUGCUUGGAGUAAGUCUUGCAAGGGUCAUGGAGACAUCAUUUCUUCUCCCUUAAAUGGCAGGGAGUUGGAUUUUCUUAUCCAUGACAUUUCCAAACCAAUUGAUGAGGUAAGUUUUUCUUGUGCUGGUGAUAUUAAUGAUGUUGUUAGUAGGCCAUGUCUUGAUUUGGAUUUGUUAGACAAGGUUUUUCAGACUCAGUUCCAUAUUAUUUUCCAUAUACCCAUCAAGUGCAGGCUUAGCUUCUCUAGGGCCUUUAAACAAACUAUUGACACAGUUAUAAUUAAUCCUUUAGAUACUUCUUGCUGGAUUAAGUUAUUACUUUUUCCAAUAUGCAUUUUGAGGAAUUAUGUUCCAAAGAGUAAGGUGGAAGAGAGGUCCGAGCAUGAUAUUUCAACAAAAUCUAAGUUUUCAGGUCAUAAAGACAACCAAGUAGAUGCCAACCUUAGACUUUGUCGAAGGAAGUUAGGUCAAGGUUCUUAUACUACUGUUAUUAGAGUUCUUACUUCUAGUGGUGUAGCUCCUUUAUCUGAUAAUACUUUGGUAGAUUUGAAGCUUAAGCAUCCUUAUGCACCGCCACCUACCUUGCCUACUGCGCCCAAUGAAGUUGUUGCAGCCACUGCUAGUUCAGACAUGGUUUUAAGCAGGAUUCAAAGUUUUCCCAAAGGCACGUCAUGUGGCAGAGAUGGCCUUCAUGCCCAACAUUUUCUAGAUGUGCUUAGUGGAUCUGAUGUAAUUGUUGUUGAUGACCUCCUGGAUUCCAUCACGUCAAUUGUAAAUAUUUUAUUGUCUGGUAAUUGUCCUCCUCAACUUGGUAUGUGUUUUGCUAGUGCGCCUCUUACACCAUUGCUUAAACCUGGUGGAGGUAUUAGGCCAAUUGAAGUGGGUACUAUAUGGAGGGGGUUAGUAUAUAAGGUUGUUACUUCAGUUGUUAGUAAAGACAUGUCAAUUUAUCUAGGUUAUUUCCAAUUUGGUGUUGGAGUGCCAUGUGGAGGGGAGGCUAUUUUACACUCUGCUAAUCGCAUUUUAGAUGAGAAACGUAAUCUGAAUACCAUGUCCAUGCUUUUAGUUGACUUCAGAAAUGCUUUUAAUUUAGUUGAUAGAUCAGCCAUGUUACGAGAAGUGAGAAAUAAAUGCCCUAGUGUUUCUCGAUGGGUUGGGUUUUGUUACGCUUCCCCUGCAAGAUUGUAUUAUGGCUCCUCUACUUUGUCUUCGUCGCAAGGUGUACAACAAGGAGAUCUUUUGGGUCCUCUUCUUUUCUCUCUGACUUUGCAUCCCACUGCACUGAAAAUUUCUCGGCAGUGCAAACUUGACUUGCAGGCCUGGUAUUUAGAUGAUGGUACCAUUAUAGGAGACACACUGAUGGUUUCUCAAGAUUUUCAUAUCAUCAAGACCGAAGGAGAUGCUAUUGGGCUUGAUCUUAACAUUCAGAAAACCGAACUCUUUUGGCCUUCUUUUGAUGUAAGAAGUACUCAAGUUGGUGUUUUUCCCGCUGACAUAGUUAGACCAUCUGUGGGUGUUAAACUUCUUGGUGGUCCUGUGAGUUUGGAUGCUUCCUUUUGCAGUCAGCUUGUUUUUGACAGAGUGCACAAGUCUAUGCAGUUAAUGGAUGCAGUCCAUAGGUUGGAUGAUCCACAGAGUGAAUUGAUGUUAUUUCACAACUGUGCAGGCAUCUCUAAACUCUAUUUUACUUUGCGCACUACCGCACCCUGUUAUGUGAAAGAUGCUCAGGUUGUUUUUGAUAAAUAUUUUUCAAAUUUUAUGAGAAAAUUGGUGAUUGGCGAUGGUCCAGUGUAUGGUUUGUUACAACAUAGGGUUGCUUCCUUACCUAUUAGGGAUGGUGGUCUAGGCAUCUAUUCCAUGUACGAUACCAUGCAGUAUUGUUACUUGGCUUCUUGUUCUCAGACUUUGUAA